AUGGAUUAUUUGUCAUUGAAGCCGAGCAUAAGUAUUGCAGAUGUGCAUGAAUUCGACUCGCGUCUUCAAGAUACGGGCGAUUCUAUACUAAAAAUUAGUACCCAGGAGUACUACCAGUACGUGGAUACACCACGGGACUUUGAUGUGGUUAUGUUAUUUAGUAGCACAGAUAUAAAAUACCACUGUGAUCUCUGUCCUGGACAGCUUAAAGAGUAUCGGAGAUUAGCGACUGUUUAUAAAAGUAGUCUCACUAGGCAUGGCUUCAAGAAAGAGAGAAGACCUGAACGCCCCUCCCCACACGCUGACAACCACGUGAAAGGCGGUGAACAAUCAGAUGAUGGCGAUGAGUACUAUACGGAAGACGAUGAAACCGAAGAUAUCAUUCUGGAUCAUAUAGAGUGA